ACUGGAUUCAUUGCAUGUACAUUUUCUCUCCAUGUACCAAUUGAAAAGGGACCCACCUUGGAAAUAAAAGAUAACACGCACAAACACCAUAUACAUACAUUGUAUUAACCAUCCACCCCAUUCAUCUCUCUCCUCUUCCCUUUCUCAUCUUCCUUUUUUGCCCUAUCAAUUAGGGUUUCUGAUGACCUCUUGCCUUCCGUUUUGCUGAUGCGUUCAUCGUUUGAGUCUCUGUACGUUGCUUUCACGGCCGUUUUCUUCGUAGAUCUGCUCGUUUUUGCUCUCGAUCGAGGGUUUUUUGGGCUGAAACGGUUCACGUUCGACCACCCUGGGGUUUUCCAACACUACUCAUGUCGAAGCUUCUUGAUUACAGUGGAGAUAAUGAUUUUUGCCUUGGGGGUCCAAUAUACCCAAAUCCCAAGGAUUCAAGUCUCUUUUUGCCCCUUGGUCAUCAUGUGGAUGUGUUUUUUCCUCCACGCAAGAGGUCUCGCAUCAGUGCUCCUUUCAUAUUCAGUGGAGAAAGGCUUGAGCAGAAGAAACAGACUUCAAUCGAAGUUCUUCCCGAUGAAUGCCUCUUUGAGGUCUUCAGACGUCUUCCUGGAGGCCAAGAGAGAAGUGCCUGUGCUUGUGUUUCCAAGCGCUGGCUUAUGCUUUUAAGCAGCAUCAGUAGGGAUGAAAUAUGCACUGACAAAGCCACUGAAUCAAAGCCUGAGGAAGGAGUGAGUGCUAAGAAGGCUGACGAGUCCUCUGAGUGUAACAAGAAGAGUCGGGUUGUUGGUUCUAAGGCUAAUAAUGAAGUUGAAGCUGAGGCUGAAGAUCAAGAUAUAGAGGGUGAUGGAUACCUCUCCAGGUGUCUGGAAGGGAAGAAAGCUACCGAUGUCAGACUUGCUGCCAUUGCUGUUGGAACUGUUAGCCGUGGAGGAUUGGGCAAGCUUUCUGUCCGAGGAAGCAACUCUAGUCGUGGGGUGACAAACCUUGGCCUCAAGGCAAUUGCUCGUGGCUGCCCUUCUUUAAAGGUUCUUUCUCUGUGGAAUGUAUCCUCUGUAGGAGACGAAGGCCUAGUUCAGAUUGCCAAUGGAUGUCGCCAGUUAGAGAAGCUUGACCUUUGCCAUUGCCCAGCAAUUUCUGACAAGGGUUUGCUUUCCAUUGCAAACAACUGUCCCAAUUUGACCUCUCUAGUGAUCGAGUCUUGUGCAAACAUUGGGAAUGAUAGUCUCCAAGCGGUUGGUCGUUGCUGUCCCAACUUGAGGUCCAUUUCAAUCAAAAACUGUCCUCUUGUUGGGGAUCAAGGAAUUGCAAGUCUGUUAGCGUCAGCAAGUCAGGUGCUGACAAAGGUGAAGCUCCAGGCUUUGAACAUCAGUGAUGUGUCUCUUGCUGUUAUUGGACACUAUGGCAAGGCAGUUAUUGACUUGGUCCUCAUUGGCCUCCAAAAUGUUAGUGAGAAAGGAUUCUGGGUCAUGGGUAAUUGUCAGGGUUUGCAGAAGUUGAGGUCCUUUACAAUUACCUCUUGCCAAGGAGUUACUGAUUUAGGACUUGAAGCUGUGGGUAAAGGUUGCCCUAAUCUGAAGCUGUUCUGCCUUCGUAAAUGUGCAUUCUUAUCAGACAAUGGAUUGGUUUCUUUUGCCAAAGCUGCAGGUUCACUUGAGUGUCUGCAAUUGGAGGAAUGCCACAGAAUUUCCCAAUUUGGGGUUUUUGGUGUCCUUGUAAACUCUGGUGGGAAAUUGAAGGCUCUUUCUCUGGCAUCCUGCUUGGGGAUUAAGGACCUUGUCUUGGGAUUCCCUUUGAUGCGUCUUUGCAAUUCCCUGCGAUCUUUCUCCAUCCGUAACUGCUCUGGAUUUGGUAAUGCGAGCUUGGCUAUGUUGGGUAGAUUGUGCCCCCAGCUACAGAAUGUGGACCUGAGUGGGCUUCAUGGAAUAACAGAUGAAGGGUUGAUCCCACUCAUCGAGAGCUGUGAGGCGUGUCUGGUAAAGGUUAAUCUUAGUGGUUGUGUGAACUUGACAGACAAAGUGGUAUCAGCCAUUGCUAAGCUACAUGGCGGGACUCUUGAACUAUUGAAUCUUGAUGGUUGCUGUAAUAUCACUGAUGCAAGCUUGAUAGCGAUUGCAGAGAAUUGCUCAUUGCUGAGUGAACUUGACGUCUCAAAGUGUGCGAUCACCAAUAAUGGCAUAACAGUGUUGGCUUGUGCACUUCAGCUCACCCUGCGGAUUCUUUCUAUGUCAGGUUGUUCUUCUAUAUCAGCAAAGAGCCUGCCUUUCUUGGAGAAGUUGGGCCGCUCCCUUGUGGGGUUGAACAUUCAGCACUGCAAAGCCAUAAGCAGCAGCACAGUUGACCAGCUUGUGGAGCAGCUGUGGUGGUGUGAUAUCCUUUCCUAAGCUUGAAGCCCCUGUCCUUGGACUCAGGAUGGUUCAAGGACGUUUCAAUAUCCCAGUUUACUCUUGUUGGUAGCAGCAGUUUGUGUCGUUUUUGGGUCCAUCAGCUAUGGGUCUUCUUGUGAUCCAGUGACUUAGUUCCUUUUUUCCAGGGAAUAUGGCCGGUUACUCUUUUUUUGCAGCUUUCCACAUUAGAAAGCUGUUGCAAGAAUUUUGCCCUCCCAAAAGGUCGGGUCUCCUAUUCUUCACGGCCAUACUUCCCUGAGAAUUCACAGUUUACUUGGUUCUGGUUCUAGAGGUUCUUUCCCAUUGUCCUAGUGGUGUUGUGCUAGGUGUUGGCACCUGCUGUUUUAGCCUAGCCUUUGCGUUGGUUAUCCCACGCUUUAGCUAAGCUUUCUAUUAGCUUUUCGUUUUGCACUGUUUUCGAGUCUUUCCACUUCCCAUUUUACAGUCUCUUCCACGUUUUUGAACCCGAGUGUUCUGCAUUUGAUGGUUGGGUCUCUGUUUUCCUCUUAGGGUGGGUUAAGAUUCCUCGUCGUAGUUGUUACUGAGGUUGCUUUUGGCAGUUCAAUUUUGACGCCUUUUGUUCUUGGGCUUGGGCCAUGGCAGCAGCUUCUUUCAGUCUGCCGUGACAACUCUUUCAUAUUGGAAGUGUUGUUUUUUAUUACCAAGCCCUGGUUUUUUUGGCUUCACCUGUUCAUGAACUGUAUUCUGCAACCUUUUGUGUAAUGCGAGGGUAUUGAUAAUCGUAGUGUUGUAUGCCUUCUGUUUAUGUAAUAAUAUUGAAUAAAAUUUGUUUCAAUGA